GAUCCUGUACCCAGGUGGAGGUGUCAGCAUCAUCUCUUCUGGUUACCAGAGAGCUGCGAAAAUCUUCUAUGAGCUUGCCAUCGAGGCAAACAAGAGGGGGGAUUAUUUCCCUGUGUGGGGCACCUGCCUGGGGUUUGAGCAGCUCAUGUAUUUGUCGAGCAGAAAGACCAUAUUGGCGCACACGAAUACGAAUGGCGUUGCUUUGCCUUUAAACUUCACUAAAGAUGUCCAAACCAGCAGGAUUUUUAAAAACAUUCCAGCUGAACUCAUGGCAGCUCUGUCAUCAGAGCCUCUUACUGAAAACUCUCACCAGUGGAGUUUGGGGAUGUUGACUUACAACACAAAUGAAGAACUGAGGACAUUUUACAAGGUCCUCUCUACAAAUACAGAUGGGAACACAGAGUUUGUCUCAACAGUGGAAGCUUAUGAUUACCCGAUCUAUGGGACACAGUGGCAUCCAGAGAAAAAUGCCUUUGAAUGGUCCAAGUCCUAUAAUCCUCAUUCCCCAUCAGCAGUGAGGACAACCUUCUACAUGGCUGAGUUUUUURUCAGUGAAGCCAGGAAGAACUUUCACAGAUUUGAAUCUAAGGAGGACGAGAACAAAGCCCUGAUAUACAACUA